AUGGAGGGAGAGCCCUUCACCUCUGCAUUCUCCUCUCUGCUGUACUCCGCUGGGGGACACUUCGUUGCCCUCUCCUCCUCCUCUUCCUCGUCUUCCUCCUCGUCCUCAACGGAUUCAGCUAUCACUGCCAUGUCCCUGGAGCAGAAGACAACUUUUGCCUUGGUCAUCUUCCUCUUUGUUUUUCUCCUCAUCCUCAUUGUGCGAUGCUUCCGUAUCCUGCUGGAUCCGUAUCGGAGUAUGCCAACCUCCACGUGGGCAGAUGGGCUUGAUGGUCUGGAAAAGGGCCAAUUCGACUAUACUCUGGCGUAG